AUGCUAAUUCGCUUGUUACGGUAUAGCGAUGAUAUAGAAUUUAAUUAUGGUCAGCACAUUAGCCUGGGCCAUGCACUUAGUGUAUUCGGAAAUGCCAACCUGGGGAGCACGUGGUUCGAUAAACUGGGGUUAAUACAAGACAAUAAAACACAUGUUGAUGACAACGUAAAAGAAGCCAUAAGAAGGUUUCCUAAGAACCUGUAUAGCAAGAGUUCACUUCAUAUUAAAAGGACACUGGACCUGUCCAUGAGGCAGCAGAUCUUGCCUAAAGAGCAGUGGACAAAAUAUGAGGAUGAAAAAUUAUGCCUUGAACCACAUCAGAAAGAGGUUAUUUGGGAAAGAAAAGAAAGAGAAGAAUGGGCAAAGAAAUAA